AUGUCUUUUGAGCUCAAUGUCUUUCUUCUAAGCAUCACAGAAUGGUGUUCUUGGAUCAGGGUCAGAAGGCAGAUCCUCCUCCUCUUCACUGACCAUCUACAACUAGUCGUACCCAAGAACUACCAGCAGUUCAUGGCCUUGGUGUUCACAGUCAGAGAAGUCAACAAGAAUCUAAUUCUCCCCUCCAACAUCACCCUUGGCUUCCACAUCUAUAGCAAUUUUCAGACUGAGGUGACAACUUCCACAAUCAACCUCUCUCUGCUCUCCACUCAAAGCAAAAUAGUUCCAGGUUACAAAUGUGACACAAAGGACCCUCUGCUCUCUGUCAUCGGAGGUCUCAACCCCAAAUCCUCAAGGCAGAUGGCCUCCAUCUUCAGCAUCUUCAAGGUCCCACAGAUUCUUCCCUAUCUGAGGGACGUCCACUUCAACAACAGUGCCGGAGAGGAAGUCUCCUUCUCAGAAGAUGGACUGGGAUCUGCUCGUUAUGAUCUUCUCAACUGGCUUUUUCUCCCCAACCUAUCAUUUGUCCCCAUGAAGGUUGGGCAAAUAGAUCCCGGGGCUCCGCCAGGCCAGCAUUUCACCAUUAACUCUGAUGGGAUCACCUGGGCCACAAAGAAGGUGCCCUUUGCCAGGUGUGGCAUGAAGAGGUGCCAGGCAGGAGAGAGGAGGAGAGUUCCAGAGGGAGAGCAGGUCUGUUGCUACCAAUGUGCCCCUUGUCCAGAAGGGACCAUCUCUAAUCAGACAGAUGCAGCUCACUGUGACCCCUGUCCAGAAGACCAAUAUCCCAACAAGCACAAGGACCAUUGCAUGGCCAAGAAGAUCCACUUCCUUUCCUAUCAAGACACCCUGGGAUAUUCUUUAGCAUCUCUAGCGCUUUCUCUAUCUGUGAUCACAUCUGCAGUCCUGGUGAUUUUCCUUAAGUAUUGUGACACACCAAUCGUCAAGGCCAACAACCGAGAUCUCACCUACCUCCUCCUGGCCUCCCUCCUGCUCUGCUUCCUCUGCUCCUUCCUCUUCAUUGGUCGGCCCAGGAAGCUCACCUGUCUCUUCCGACAAACUGCCUUUGCAAUUCUCUUUUCCCUGGCAGUUUCCUGUGUAUUGGCAAAAACUGUCAUGGUGGUUCUGGCCUUCAUGGCCACUAAUCCUGGGAAUAGGACAAAGAAAUUCUUAGGAAAACCUCUGACCAACUCCAUUGUCUCAGUCUGUCCCCUGAUCCAAGGAAUUCUUUGUGCCACCUGGCUGAUAACCUCUCCCCCAUUUCCUGGCAUGGACUUCCAUUCCUUGGUAGGAGGGGCCAUCUUGGAAUGUAAUGAAGGCUCAGCUUCAAUGUUUUAUGCUGUCCUCACCUACCUGGGUUUCCUGGCCCUUGUGAGUUUCACAGUGGCUUUUCUGGCCAGGAAAUUGCCUGAUAGUUUUAAUGAAGCCAAGUUCAUUACUUUCAGCAUGCUGGUCUUUUGCAGUGUUUGGAUCUCAUUCCUCCCCACCUACCUGAGCACCAAAGGGAAGUCCAUGGUGGCCGUGGAGAUCUUCUCCAUCUUGGCCUCUGGGACUGGUCUCUUGGCUUGCAUCUUUUUCCCCAAAUGCUACAUUAUCCUACUUAGGCCUGAUCUGAAUUGUAGGGAAAAUAUAAUGAGGCACAAGAAUCUCUGA